ACUUGACGUUGGUCUCCUGCAUUGAGAGAAGACGCUUCAUCGUAGAUUUUAAAACCUGGCCAAGGCAAGUUAAAGACCUCCAAUGCCAUCCCAUCAUUGAUGACACCAAUAAUUCUCAUUAUUUGUCUUCACACACAAGAUUUGACGAAACUGGGACGUCUUGAGUCGUCGUCGUGAAGCUGCUGUGAUCACUUGGCGUCAUCUGGAUGGAUGUAAAAACAGAAUCCUAUCGGCAGCACAUCUCUUAUUUGUCGUUUGGAAUUAUUCCUCCCGUGUUCCGUCGUUCAUGCUGGAGGAACAUCACGUUUAUUCACCUGCUCUGAUGACCUACUUUGUAUGAUGCGGAAAAUAUCUGGUGGGAGGCUGACAGCACCAACCAGCCUGGGAGGACACACCGUCUGAAAGAAACCCCUUACCUUUACGUCUUCACUUGUUUAUAUUUUUGCCUAUUUACCAUUUUUCGUUCCUGAAUGAACGUGGAAUGAAGAUACAGGAUGGACAUGUUUUGGGAAUUACUAUUCAUUCUCCAAGCCAACUGUAUUACGUGCAUAUCAGCUCAGCCAAAUCCACCAAAAAUUCAUGAAGGCUGGUGGGCAUACAAGGAGGUGGUUCAGGGGAGCUUCGUUCCAGUGCCAUCUUUCUGGGGCCUGGUAAACUCAGCCUGGAACUUGUGCUCAGUGGGCAAGAGGCAAUCGCCAGUCAACAUUGAGACCAGCCACAUGAUUUUUGACCCUUAUCUCACGUCCAUGAAAUUGAACACAGGUGGACAGAAGGUGAGGGGUACAAUGUAUAACACAGGCCGCCAUGUUUCUGUGCGGUUGGACAAGGAGCACCUGGUUAAUAUAUCCGGUGGACCGAUGAUGUACAGCCAUCGUCUGGAGGAGAUCCGGCUACACUUUGGUAGUGAGGACAGUCUGGGUUCUGAACACCUUCUUAAUGGACAGGCCUUCUCUGGAGAGGUUCAGCUAAUUCACUACAAUCACGAACUGUAUACAAAUUAUACUGAAGCCGCCAAAAGCCCGAAUGGACUUGUCAUUGUGUCAAUAUUCAUGAAAAUAGCUGAAAUGUCCAACACUUUCCUGAAUCGAUUGCUUAACAGAGACACCAUCACAAGGGUCACAUAUAAAAAUGAUGCGUAUCUUCUGACAGGCCUAAACAUCGAGGAGAUCUAUCCAGAGACGAGUAGUUUUAUCACGUAUGAUGGUUCAAUGACCAUCCCUCCAUGCUUUGAGACUGCCACAUGGAUACUGAUGAACAAACCAGUUUAUGUCACACGCAUGCAGAUGCACUCUUUGCGCCUUUUGAGUCAAAACCAGCCAUCUCAGAUCUUCCUGAGCAUGAGUGACAAUGUCCGCCCAAUUCAGCCUCUGAUCAACCGCUGCAUCCGCACCAAUAUCAACUUCAACAUGCAGGGCAAAGACUGCCCCAACAACAGGGUUCAUAAGCUUCAGUACAGAGUGAAUGAAUGGUUACUAAAAUAGGAUCCAUCUGAGGAACACAAGUGUCUGAGGUGAAGAAGGAGAGCAACGCAAAGCAUUUGGGGGACCACUGAACAACCAAAGCGUGUCUCUCAUGAUGUGAUGGAAAUGAUUAUUGAUUGUAUACAAAAAUAGGGAACUUUGUAAAGUAUGCAGAGUGGCUCUGCGUUUUUUUUUUUUUUUUUUUUUU